AGAGAAUUCAGGAUGUUUUAGUAUCAACUACUACAAGGAACAGAAGAAUUGUCAUCUCAACAAGGCAACGCAUCUUUCAAGACCUCUGCACCUCGUGUAUGACAUGGGAGGGGUUUACAUUAAGAUAAAGAAUGAUUAUUGCAGUGAUGCAUAUUGCACUACUGGAUACAUUUGUUCCAUUGACGAUGGGAAAGACGAUUAUAUCUGUGAAGUCUGCAAUGCCCCGCUUGGAUUAAAAUCAGGAAGAAUUCCAAACAGCAAUAUCACUGCUUCCUCGUUCUACRGUAUUGGUCACGAGCCAUGGCGAGGACGACUCAUGGCCCAGCCAAAAACUGAUCCAUACAACCCGAGUUUAGAUGCUGGCUGUUGGCAAGCUAAAAACAGGGCUGCAGGGGAAUACCUGCAGGUGGACCUUGACAGUAUUUAUCGUGUUACCAUGGUAGCAACCCAGGGAAGGMCACACAAGUACAGCGCGUAUGUUUCUUCGUACAGUCUGUCUUACGCAGUCAAAAGUGGAAUCUUUAAUGACUAUAAGCUUGGCGGGUCACUCAAGAUCUUCACAGCCAACUCCAACCGGGAUGCUAUUGUCACAAACAAGCUUCCAGAGGCAGUAGGUGUCGAUCUAUUCGAAUUGUCACCGUCACCUACUCCGAUACUCCAGCCCUGAGAGUUGAGAUCUACGGUUGUCCUGGUAACUGAAACAUCGACAUGAUUGGAAAAUAUUUGGAUAUUGUAUUUAGAAAAGGUUGAGAGAAAAAAACGAACUUUCCAGACGAUGAGAAACUGUGGUAAUUUUACUCAGACUGCAAUCUCAUCUCAAGAGCAUGUUUAUAGAGUAUAUCUUUAUUUAUUUGGAUGAUUUGUUACAGUAUAACCUAUAAUCUUUUCAGGGUGUCAAUAUUAAAAAUCAUAAUGACACAUAACUCACCACAAUAUCCAAUCAGAACACGUCUUCUAUUUCAAUCCAUAAAAAAACUA